AUGCAUGGCAUGGGCUUAGUUGAUGAACUACAGUCUUUUGGGACAGAGGGUAAUAUCCUCUUCUCAGCUGGGAACCGUUCUCGUGUUACCCAUUCUCGAUCCACAGCUAAGCCUUCCGAAGCCGUAGCUGUGAUCGAGACUGGCACUGUUGAUAAAUUUGGAUUUGGCGACACUGACCUUGCUCUCAUGUGUGCCUCUCACUCAAGGGAAGACUUUCACAUCACGCGCACCAAGAAUAUGCUGAGCAAGAUCGAAGCAGAGGGUGGUCGUCCUGCAGUUUCCGAAGAGGUGAACAGUGAGUGGAUAAAGACUAGGUUUGUGCCAACAGGAAUAUGUAAUAAUUGCUCCGGAAAGCAUGUUGCCAUGAUGGCUGGUGCUGAAGCAUUGGGAGCUGGCGCUAAAGACUGUCAUCUGCCGGACUAUCCUAUGCAACUUAAGGUCAAAAGAUUUGUCAACGACCUGACAUAUGAUCCGAAGUAA